CAAGAAGAAAGACGGAGAAGGAGAGAGAUAGAAGAGAAAGGGGGAUAGCAGGAAAGAGAGAGAAAGAAAGUGAAGGGUCUUGGUCUUAUUAAUCUACUCGCGAGUACUUUGCCACUAAAGCCUCUUUUCUGGGAGCGACAGGGACCUUUCUUUGCCUGUCCGAGGAGCUUUUAAAAUAUUUGAAAAUGGUCAUUAGAGUGUAUGUUUCCGGAAUUUCUGGGAACAAGGAGGUGAAAAAAAGGCAGCAGAGAGUUCUCAUGAUUCUAGAGAGCAAAAAUAUACCCUGUGAAAUUAUUGACAUCACGGAACCAGGAAAAGAGUCGGACAAGGAAUUUAUGCAACAGAACAGUAAACCCCGUGGAGAUCAGAAACACCCUUUGCCGCCUCAGAUCUUCAACGAUGAUGAGUACUGUGGGGAUUUUAUUGGUUUUGACCUCUCCAAUGAAAAUGAAAAACUGUUGCCAUUUCUGAAAAUGGCUGUUCCUGAGCCAUCUCCACCUCCACAACCAAAGGAAGAAUCAGAUGAUGAAAGUAAGAGACCAGAAGAGGAAUCAGAAGAAGAAUCUGAGGAAGAAACCAAACCAUCUAGACCAAGACCCAGACCACCAACCAAAGUUGUUACUGAGGAUGAUUCAAAUGCAAAUGGAGAUGGAAAUGAUGAUGAGAAUGCCAACAAAAACCAGACAGAAGCAGAAUCAAGUGAGAAUAAAGAAGAUGAGAGACAAGAUGAGAAUACAGAGGAGAUGGUAGCAUUUGAAGAUGAUACUGGAAAACAAAAAGAUGAUGAGGAUGAUGCCAAUGCUCCCAAUGAAAAUGAAAAUACAGAGACAGAUGAAAAUAUUGUUGAACAGGAGACUAAGACAGAUGGGGAGCAUGACUCAGAAAUGGAAAUAUCAGAGGAAUAAUUUUAACUCCUCCAAACAAUGACUUAUUGGAAUAAAACCAAAGCAAAGCAGAUGUUAAGUGAAUUACAUCUAUCGCAUGGGCAUGAAACCAUUUCCCAAUUAUGGUUUCUCUUAUUUUUGUGAGUCAAUUUUUACACAAAUAUAUUCAGAAGGGGGGCUUCAUAUGAGGGGCUUUUUUGUUUUUUGAAGCUUCAUUGACAUCUUCAUCAACGUGUACAGUUGUUUUAAGUUUUCAACCUAAUUUGCUUUGUCAGUUAAGUCCAAGGAAUAUACUUUUCUUGUCCCUUUUUGUGUGUAGAGGUGAUCCUUUCUUUAUAUUUUAAAAUUUUGUUGUAUGACUAACAUGUAUGUCAGUAAAUAUCAAACCUGUAAAUAGCUUC